AUGCCGCUGGAGCCAGGCCUCACUGUUGAUGUUGAGACCGGUGGUGUCCACAAUGCUGGAGGUGACUGGCUUGCUUAUCCUCAGGCUUCUCUGGGGUGCUGUUUUCAGUUUUUCAGUCAACUUCUGAGACUGCUGAGGCUAGAGAUAGGAAUUAUUGAAGAGGAGGCAUUUGGAGAAGUUUGGGUUCAGUCAAAUGAUCACAUGGAAAAUAUUUAUGGCUACUUAAUGAAAUAUACGAAUCUUGUCACUGGUUGGCAAUACCGAUUUUUUGUUUUAAACAAUGAUGCUGGUCUGCUGGAGUACUUUGUGAAUGAGCAGUCUAGACAUCUAAAGCCCAGGGGUACCCUGCAGCUAGCUGGAGCUGUAAUUUCACCCAGUGAUGAAGACUCUCAUACUUUUACAGUCAACGCAGCCAGCGGGGAGCAGUAUAAACUCAGAGCUACUGAUGCUAAAGAACGGCAACACUGGGUUAGCAGGCUUCAGAUAUGCACACAGCAUCACACAGAAGCAAUUGGAAAGAACAACCCUCCUCUGAAAUCUCGCAGCUUCUCUCUUGCAUCCCAAGGAAGUGCCAACUCUCCAGGUGUGCAGAGAAGACCCAGUCAAAAUGCAGUUUCCUUUUUCAGUGUUGGACAUCAUAGAUUGCCAACUGGAAAAAGAGUUCCUAUUAUGCAGCCAGAUCACCUUGUAGAUGUUAGAGAG